AUGGGAUCCAUCGAAAUCAAAGAACAGCAGUAUGAUGUGCUCAUUAUCGGAGCCGGUCUGUCAGGUAUCUGUGCACUUCACAACUUCCGAAAACGCUUUCCAUCUUGGCGCGUUGGAGUUCUCGAGGCAGCCAAUAACGUUGGAGGGACUUGGUACUGCAACCGCUACCCAGGAGCACGGGUUGAUACCGAAUCACUCUCCUAUGCAUACUCGUGGGACAAAGACCUUUUGAACGAAUGGACCUGGAAGGAGUCCUUCUCCACCCAGUCAGACGUUCUCCGUUAUAUUGAAUAUGUCUGCGACAAACACGACCUCUACAGAAGCAUCCAGCUCAAUACUCGGGUUAAGACGGCCCUUUGGCAGGACAAGAACAACACUUGGCUGUUUUGCGAUGAAGCCGGCGCCCUUCACCGAACCCGUUUCUUCGUCAGCUGUAUGGGUUUCCUGUCAGCCCCAACGCUUCCUGCCAUUCCGGAUAUCGAACUGUUCCAAGGCGAGGCUUUUCACACCUCCCGCUGGCCCAAGGACUUUGACAUCAGUCGUGAUCUAGCCAACAAGCGAGUUGGUGUCAUCGGCACCGGCGCAACGGGAAUUCAAACGAUUACGGCAGUAUCAAAAGAACCAUCCAUUAAAUCAUUGGAUGUUUUUCAACGCACGGCAAAUUGGUCCGCACCCCUACGCAACGAGACGAUUAGCCCCGAGCAGAUGGAACAGCAUCGCAAGGACUACGAUGCCCUUUUCCAACUCUGCGCCGAGACACCCAGUUGCUUCAUGCAUCAAGCUGACCCGCGGAAGUCCCUAGAAGUAUCCCCAGAAGAGCGGUUGGAGCUUUGGGAGCAUAUCUACGCAAAACCCGGUUUUGCCAAGUGGCUUGGCACAUUCAGCGACACAUACAACAACCGUGAAGCAAAUAAACUCUACUCCGACUUCAUAGCUCGCAAAAUUAGAGCAAGAAUACACGACCCCGAGGUUGCAGACAGCUUGAUUCCCAAGAAUCAUGGCUUCGGCACGCGACGAGUCCCUCUUGAGAGUGGGUACUUUGAGGCGUUUAAUCAGCACAAUGUCCACCUUGUUGAUCUCCAAAAAACUCCGAUUGAGAGAGUCACAAACAGUGGCAUCAUUACAUCUGAUGGCAAAGAGCAUCAAUUGGACGUUUUGAUAUAUGCGACGGGCUUUGAUGCCAUUACUGGUGCAUUCAGCUCUAUUGAUUGGGCGGGGAAAGACGGUCGACCUCUCCUUGGAUCUAGCAACACCAAGCAAGGUGAACGAGCGAUUUGGGUUGAUCACCGGCCUCGUACAUACUUGGGUAUGGCAGCUUGCUCCAUGCCCAAUAUGUUCAUGGUCUUGGGUCCCCAUCAACCAUUUGGCAAUGCUCCCCGGACCAUAGAACAUGCCGUUGAGGUUAUUUCAGACCUCCUGCAACACUGCAAAGACCACAACUACUCCUAUGUAGAGCCGACGGGAGAGGCUGUGGAUGCAUGGACGGAACACGUUGUUGAAAGCAGCAAAGGUGCUUUGUCAAACGAAAUUGAUAGCUGGAUGACCGGGGUUAAUACAAAUGUGAAGGGGAAGACUGUUCGAAGUGUUGCGAGAUACGCUGGUAGUGCAGUGGAGUAUCGCCGGAGAUGCGCUGAUUCUAGGGCAGCUGGGUGGAAAGGCUUUGCAUUUGCUCAAAUCUCAAGUUCGAAGCUUUGA